AUGGCGGUGGGGAAGGUGACCUUCACCAAGGCAGAGAGGGAGAAGCUAGCCGAAGUCCUCUGGCUGCUCAACUGGAUCUCUGUGGUGACGGGAGCGAUCCUCUUCGGCCUGGGCUUAUUCCUCAAAGUAGAGAUUCAGAAAUGGCAGGAAGUGAUGUCAGACCAGGGGAUCCUCUACGUGCCACACACGCUGAUCAUCACGGGCCUGGCGGCCUGCUGCAUCAAUUUCCUGGGUGGGAAGAUCUGCCUGGACUGUGCCGACACCAACAAGUUCCUGCGCUGGAAGCUGGUGAUGAUGCCGUACGUCGUCUGCACCUUCUUCUUCACCUCCUGCAUCCUGGUGGGGGCGCUCAUGUGCUACAGCAUCCACAGCCAGCUGGAGGAGUCACUGCUGCUGGGCCUGAGGAACGCCAUGCGGUACUACAAGGACACGGACACGCCGGGCCGCUGCUACCUGAAGAGAACUCUGGACUUGCUGCAGAUCCAGUUCCAGUGCUGUGGGAACACUGGGUACCGGGACUGGUUUCAGGUCCAGUGGAUCAGCAACCGCUAUCUGGACAUGACCAGCAGCACCGUGGUGGACCGUCUGAGGAAUAACGUGGAGGGGAAGUACCUGAUGGACGGCGUUCCCUUCAGCUGCUGCAGCACCUUCUCCCCUCGGCCCUGCAUCCAGCAGCAGGUCAGCAACAGCUCGGCACAUUUCAACUAUAACCAGCAGAGCCAGCAGCUGAACCUGUGGAGGAGAGGCUGCCGGCAGGCCCUGAUGGACCACUACACCGGCAUCAUGCAGUCCAUCGGCCUCACCGUGCUCCUCAUCUGGCUGUUUGAGCUGCUGGUUUUGACGGGAGUCCGGUACCUGCAGACAGCCAUGGAGAACGUUCUCCGGCUGGGUGAUCCUGACUCAGAGUCGGACGGUUGGAUUCUGGAGAACAGCCUGGCAGAAACAGCCCGAUCCAACUUUAACAUCAUCAAGAACCUGGGAAAGUGUUACCAGGUCGACGAUGACCCAAACAUCAAUGUCCCGGUCGCCCCAGCUGAGCAGGAGGUGCCAUCCAAGCAGGUCCACAUCCCUGUGACCGGUUAGCAUUCGAACUGAGGAGGCAUGGACCUCUGAAAGACCAGGACGAGCUGGAACAA